AUGAAUACACAUCAAGAAUUCGAUUCUAAUGAUGAUCGAUUUGGUUUUAUUAUUAUGGAUACAAAUCAAACUUUGUUUGGUAUAUUACAUGGGAAUAUUCGAGAUAUUCUUAUGGAGUUUACAGUUGAUUUACCAAAAAAGCGUAGGUAUGGUGGUGCAAGUUCAAUACGAUUUGCACGAAUUCGAAAAGAGAAAAAACUGAACUAUGUACGAAAAGUAUCUCAAAUGGCUACACAAUGUUUUAUUAGAAAUGAGAAAAUCAAUGUUAAUGGAAUUAUAUUAGCAAUUGUUGCCCAAUUUACUACUGAAUUCAAUGCAGACGAUGUAUUUGAUUCACGUAUUCAAGAGAAACUUAUUCAACGAGUUGUAAUUUCUUAUGGUGGUCAUCUAGGUUUUAAUCAAGCAAUUGAGUUAGCUAAUGAAACACUUGUAAAUGUUAAAUUUGUACAAGAGAAAAAAAUUCUUUCUCAAUUUUUUAAUGAAAUAUUCAAAGAUUCAAAUGAAUUUUGUUUUGGUUUAAAUGAUACAAUGAAUAAAUUAGAAAGUGGCCAGAUUGAUACAUUGAUCAUUUGGAAAAAUUGUGAUUUAAUACGUUAUGUUUUACGUCAUAUUCAAACAAAACAAAUAAAAAUAAUUUAUUUACAAAUUGAUAAAGAGAAAGAAAUAGAUAAUGAAUUGGAACAACUUGAAAAAAUCUCAUUAAUUCAUUGGCUUGAAAAGAAUUAUGAAAAAAUGAAUAUUAAACUCGAAAUUGUAACAGACAAGAGUCAAGAAGGUUCGCAGUUUGUACACGGAUUUACUGGGAUUGGAGGUAUUCUUCGUCACAAGCUUGAUCACCAAUCUUUAAACAUCAUUGAGAAAAAUUGUGAAAACAUCGAUUCUAAUAUUGAUAAUGAUGAUUAUAGUGCAUUCUUUCUUGAUUAA